AUACCGGAACCAUCAUAAGACAUAUUGCUCACCGCUGUUCAGAGUUUUAAAAUCGUCAAUCCUCUGAUUACGUCGGCAAAAUGUCUCUUAAAGAUUCUAAAGCUCCCGCUGAAGAAGCCCCAAUUCACAGGAUCAGAAUUACACUGACCAGCAGGAAUGUCCAAAGUCUGGAAAAAGUCUGUGCUGACCUUAUCAAGGGAGCUAAGGACAAACAAUUGAAGGUCAAGGGGCCAGUCCGUAUGCCCACCAAGGUCUUGCGAAUCACCACCAGGAAAACCCCAUGUGGUGAGGGUUCCAAAACCUGGGAUCGUUACCAGAUGCGUAUCCACAAACGUCUGAUUGAUCUCCACAGUCCAUCUGAGAUCGUCAAGCAGAUUACCUCCAUCAGUAUCGAGCCAGGUGUUGAGGUGGAAGUGACCAUUGCUGAUGCAUAGAUGGGAUAAUAUAUACAGACAGCAAUGACCAUUUAAACAUACUCAAUAAAAUGGUCAAAAACAUAAAAA